AGGCGACGGGUAGGCGUGGCCAGACGCACGCAAGGACUCCUUGCUCCCGAUGGGUAUAAGUAAGUAGGGUUGGGCAUGGGUUUUUACCAUUCGAUCUCGAUCGGCAAGCAAUCAUGAUCUGCAAGAUAACCUUAGUAUUGGGCCUGGCAGCGGCAGUAGCCGUAGCAUACCCUAACCUCCUGGAGGGAGGAGGACAUAACCACGCACACGCCCACGCCCACGAUGCCGCUGUUCCCGCCGGUCUAGCGCUUCCCCAAGCGCCUCCUGCGGCCGCCCCAGGCGCCGUUGGGUACGGAUACCCAGCGCCCACUACCCCGACCAUUCCCAAGCCAGCACCGGGUCCCCUGUACGAAACUCCAGAUAAGGAGGAUUCUCACGAGGAGGAGGAAGAAGAAGAGCCCACGCCCUUCAAGUACGAAUACGUCGUGAGCGACGCCGCCGCCCACCUCGACUUCGGCCACAAGGCCGAUUCCGACGGGCACGUCGAAAACGGCCAAUACCACGUCCUCCUGCCCGAUAGCCGUGUCCUGACCGUCGUGUACGUAGCCGACGCCACUGGAUACAACCCGGUUCUGACCUUCGAGGGAGAGGCCCUCUUCCCUGAACCUGCUCCUGCUCCUGUUCCUACUCCUGGCAAAUUGUACGAAACACCUGCGCAUGCGUGAAGAAAAUCUCCUUGAGUUAUUUUCACCGUAAGACUCCUCCUCCGCAAAUCAUACGUCUUUGGCCGUCUUCUUUCUUCUCGUUAUUCUGGAUUCCCCUCAAUAACAGUCAUGACUGGUGACUGGAAGCACUCCAGCUCCCAUUGGUAAUUUGUACGAAACACCUGCGCAUGCGUUAAGAAAGAAUCUCUUUGCGUUAUUUUCACCGUGGGACUUACCCACAAAUCUACACGUCUUCCGCCAUCUUGGUUUCCUCUUCUCGUUUUUUUAUGGAUCCUCUUCAAUACUGGAAAAGUUAGUCUCUCAACCUUCCAAUCUUAAGAUUAUGUUAAAUUAUUAUAUUCGAUUAAAUAUGCUUUUAUAUAUUUCUGCUCGCUUCUGUAUCUUCGCAUAUAUAUAUGUACGAGGUCUAUAUUGUAACGAUUAGCUUUUAAGGAAUUGCAUAGCAGUGAUAUUGUACAAAUUAUCAACAGUAUUAACUGUUUGCUAAUUUUUGUCAUAUUUAUCAGUCCAUGUCAAGUGUAAAAUGAAGCAAAAUAAAUAACAGAGCAAUAAGAA